GUUGCGCGCGUUAAUAAUAAUAUAUGGUGUUUGGCCAUGGGGAAAAAGCGUAACGAACAGCAACGGUUGUGCUCGAAAAUGUCAUCGAAAGUUGUGUUUGGGGUGAUAUUCUUGCUGCAUCUGUUAGAAGCAUUUUCACUUGCAGUUCUCUCAUCAAAUGAAUUGGAUAUGGAUCUCUCGCCCUUGCCAACUGGUUUCCUCUUCGGCACUGCUUCUUCCUCUUACCAGUAUGAAGGAGCUUACAAGAGUGACGGCAAAGGGAUGAGCAACUGGGAUAACUUCACUCACGGAGCAGGUAGAUAUGUAAUAUACGGCGGAAAAAAUGGGGAUAUUGCCAAUGAUCAUUACCAUCGCUACCUGGAGGAUAUAGAUCUAAUGGAAGCUUUGGGAGUAAACAGCUACCGGCUAUCCAUAUCAUGGGCAAGAAUUCUACCAAAGGGAAGAUUUGGAGAAGCCAACCGUGCUGGUAUUGAGUUCUACAACAGACUAAUUGAUGUUCUAAUACUCAAAGGGAUCCAACCCUUUGUGACUCUUAGUCACUAUGACAGUCCCCAAGAGCUGGAAGAUAGAUAUGGAAGCUGGCUAAGUCCCCAAUCACAGGAAGAUUUUGCUUUUUAUGCGGACCUGUGUUUUAAGACCUUUGGUGACAGAGUUAAGUACUGGGCUACAUUCAAUGAGCCCAAUUUCCUAGUGCCACUUGGUUACCGUUCAGGUAUAUAUCCUCCAUGCCGUUGCUCUGGCCCAUUAGCUCUUGUUCAGUGCAGUGAUGGAGAUUCAGAAAAGGAGCCUUUUGUAGCAGCUCAUAACAUUAUCCUGGCACAUGCAGCUGCCGUUGAUAUCUAUAGAACCAAAUAUCAGAUCGAGCAAAAAGGAAGCAUUGGGAUAGUCCUUCAACAUGAAUGGUACGAACCAUUGAGCAAUUCAACAGCUGACAAAUUGGCUGCGGAAAGAGCAAGAUCAUUCACCUUCAAUUGGUUCUUGGACCCAAUAAUAUUGGGAAAGUACCCAACAGAAAUGGAGAAUCUUGUUGGAAGCCUCUUACCCAAAUUUUCCAGCAAAGAAAAAGAGAAACUCAAGAAAGGAUUGGAUUUCAUUGGUGUCAAUUACUACACGGCUUUCUAUGUCCAAGAUUGCAUGUACUCAGCUUGUAAGACAGGACAGGGGAGCUCCAGAACAGAGGGUUUAUACUUGAAAAGUGGAGUAAAGAAUGGUGUCCCAAUCGGUGAACAAACUAAAUUUAGUUGGUUCAAUAUUUACCCAAAUGGUAUGGAAAAGGCAGUCACAUAUGUGAAAGAUAGAUACAACAAUACUCCAAUGUUCAUAACUGAAAACGGGUAUGCGCAUGCCCAAGAAGAUGAUCCAAAACACACUUUGGAAGAAGAUCUUAAUGAUUCUAAAAGAAUAAAGUACAUGGUGGAUCACAUAGAGGCUAUGGUAGCGGCAAUAAGGAAAGGAGCAGAUGUGAGGGGAUACCUUGCCUGGACCCUGCUGGACAGCUUUGAGUGGAUAUAUGGAUAUUCAGUAAGAUAUGGAUUCCAUCAUGUGGAUUUUGCAACCCUAAAGAGAACUCCAAGAUUGUCAGCAACUUGGUACAAGCAAUUCCUUGCUAAGUACAAGGAAACCUUUUUAUUAGCCACGACCAUGACAAGGCAAGAAAAACUCCUACAACACACUUGAGACACGUUUUUUUUUUUAAAUAUAUUUUAACACUAUUUUGAUACUUCAAAAUAUAUGAUUGGACGAUUUCAAAUUAAAAAAAAAUUGGUUUUUUUCUU